GGCGAAUCACAGGUCACAAGGCGGGGUUGCCGCGGCAGCAGUGGCCGCUGGCCCCAGCCCCAAGAGUUACCUCGGCGGGAGUCCCAGUUGAAGACCUCGACUGGAGGGGGAGAGGGGGGACCCGGGCCAUGGGCACCAAAUGGUUUAGCGGGGCACCCUUCGGGGUGCAGAGCCACAGGUUUGAUGUCUCUGCAGUUUACCCCAGCCACAAGAAAUUCAGCACCUUCAUGGAGGCCCCGUACUCCAGGCUUCAUUCUUUGGACCUGUCCCACAUAGGACCUGGGACCUACAGCUCCAAGGAGACCUGCUUUAGUAAGAAGAAGCUCAGAAAGGAGGUGGGCACAGGCUGGGCCCGUGCCCAGGAAGCUGUCCGGCUGACCCAGCUGCCCCACUUCCAGUACCAGACCAUCAUGAAAGAGAAGCAGCUGCAGAAGGAGAAGCUGGGACCCGGCUCCUACAACCUCAAAGACUUCCUGGAAGAGCUGAAGGAGAAGCCCGGCAGCACCCGGGGGCUGCUCAGCUCUGGGGAGGUUCGCUUCCGAGGACUCAUUGGGAACUACUAUCCAGGCCCCGGAAAUUAUGGGGUGAAGGGUAACCCAUACACAAAGCUGGAGGAGAAGUCCUGCAGCCGCUCUCACUCUGAGGCCCCCCCAUGCCGGACAACCCACAGGACGCCCCCCAUGGCUCACCAGGGGAGUGGUCUGGCACCCUGCACCUACUCUUUCAAAAGUGGCAUUGAGGCGUACCUGGCAAAAUCCAUGGGCACCCGUGGUUUCUACGACACAUUCUCUGGCGACCGCAGCAAGCCGCAGCCUUAUGGGCAUUUCUCGGUGCAGAAAAGAAAGCCCAGGGAACUGAUGAAUUUUACGAGCUUCGUGGAAGAACUUAACUCACAUCACAAUAAGAAGCGUGGGGUUUUUUCGAAAAUUUCUCGCAACCCGGAAACCCCUACAGAAAGGAUUUACUGGGCCACCCUUAGCCAGUGUCCCCGAAAACUAGCCACGUCUGGUCCCGGUUCAUGGCUUCCUCCAAAGACAGAAUGUAAACGUGUCAACCAGCCACCGUUCCUGUUCUCUUCCAAGCGGAUGGGCAUAAAGGCCUGCCAGAUGGUUUUGGGAAGCUGGAACCCUGUAGGUGUGGGUCGCUACCUCAACACCUGGCUGGCAGAGACCAAGGACCAUCGACAGCGUUAUCGGUCCCUAUUCCUGGGUGGAUCCAAGCGCUACCCCUCAGACCCAGCCAGGGACAGGCUCAUGCAGGAAAGGAUUACACCUUUUACUAAGGGGAAGUGCCCUCCAACUGUGGAUUACAAUUCAGAUCCUACUCCUUAAAGCUGCAUAUGAAGGACAGCCUGUGGUGACCAGAGGGCCCAAAGGCCUGAAGACAAAUUUGGGAUGGGAGGUAGAAGUGGGAAUCGGGAGGGUGGGGAAGGUCUUAGAGAAAGGGACACAUGGGAAUGCCUGGGAGAGGGAGGGAUACGGUGGGAUCACUUUUGCUGGAGACAUCCACCCGGAGUUCAUGAUGUCUGCUAGGACAGCUGGGGCCAGAUACUUUUGAUAAGGAAGAUCAACUAUCUUUAGAAUUCAGAUUAUCCAGUGGCACAAACAUGGGAGCAGAUGGACUAAUGGAACUUCUUCUAUUCUAAGGCCAAAUUGCUUGACUCCCUGAUCAUUAAAAUCCAAAAAGAGACAGAAAAGUGUAACAUAUGUCAGAAGACAGCUGUAGGCCCCUUUUGGGAACUCUCCAUCUCCAUCCAGGAUGCUUCUGGAAGCCCAGCAGGGCCUAACACUAUUAUGAGGAGGUUGCUGGCCCCCAGGCCACGUGCAGCCAUUGGAGGCAAUCAGUUUCAUCCUUGGAGCUGGGGCUUGUGGGCACACAGGUCUAGCCCAAAAAGAUGGGUCUGUGGGGUUGGUCACAAUAUCCCGAGCUACUUCCUUCACUGUUUUUUGUUGGUAAGAGAUUGUGUAAGGUGGCAGGAUUGUGUUGUCCCUAGACAUAAAGGAGGCUGGGACACCACAGACUCAGCCAUAAAACUCCAAUAAUGGUGAAAAAUACUCUUAAGAGCGUGCGUGACUUAUGAAAAGCGUUACUUUCUCACUCAUGUCAAAAUGACUGUUUUAGAGGAAGUAAAACUGUCUUUAUUGUCAGACAUGUCACCUAUGUGAAAAAAAGUCCUGUGAAUCCUCAAAAAAGCUGAUGAGCCAAAACAGGUCCAAACUAGAUCUAAUAAAUCAGCUUAGCAAAUUUUCAGGAAAUAAGAUCAAAAUAUCAAAAUCAAAUGUUUCUAUAUAUUAGUGAUAAUAAAAAUUGAAAAUCUAAAAUACCACUUAUGAUAGCAAAACUAGGAAAUAUUUAGGUGUAAAUUUUUUUUAUUAAAGAUUUUUAUUUAUUUAUUUGGCAGACAGAGAUCACAAGUAGGCAGAGAGGCAGGAGAGAGAGAGGGGGAAGCAGGCUCCCUGCUGAGCAGA